AUGAAUGAGCCCCCCGGUGCCAGAGCCAGAGUUGGUUUGACUGGUUUGACAGUUGCAGAAUAUUUCAGAGACGAGGAAGGAAAGGAUGUGUUGCUCUUUAUUGACAACAUUUUCAGAUUCACAUAAGCAUGCUCAGAAGUGUCAGCCUUGUUGGGACGUAUCCCAUCAGCUGUCGGUUAUCAACCAACAUUGGCAACAGAUUUAGGUCAAUUGUAAGAACGUAUCACAACAACCAAGAAGGGAUCCAUUACAUCAGUCUAAGCUAUUUAUGUACCUGCAGAUGAUCUUACAGAUCCAGCACCAGCUACAACAUUUGCUCACUUGGAUGCCACCACUGUGUUGUCAAGAGCAUUGACUGAAUUGGGUAUCUAUCCAGCUGUCGAUCCAUUGGAUUCUUCAUCACGUAUGAUGGACCCAAAUAUUGUUGGUGAAAAGUAAUAUUCUACAUAUAUUAUAAUUUAGACAUUAUACAGUCACAAGAGGAGUUUAAAAAUUGUUGUAGGAUUACAAAUCACUCCAAGAUAUCAUUGCCAUUUUGGGUAUGGAUGAAUUGUCUGAAGAUGAUAAACUUACUGUUGCCAGAGCUAGAAAAGUCUAGAGAUUCCUUUCAUAACCAUUCUUCAUGAGUGAAGUCUUCUCAGGAAGAAAGGGUAAAUUCGUAUCACUCAAUGACACUAUUGCUGGAUUCAGAGGUAUCCCAAUUAUUCUAAAAUCUUAGCCUUACUUGAUGGUGAAGGUGAUGAAUACCCAGAAAAUGCAUUCUAUAUGUAAGGAACAUUUGAAGAUGUCAUCGAAGAAGCCAAAAGAGUUGCAGCUGAAACAACAAAAUGAAAGACACCUUCAUUCACAUUAAAUAAAUAUAGUAUUG